AUGGCGGCGGAACAGAGGAAGCUGCUCGAGCAGCUUAUGGGUGCGGAGCAAAUGGUCGGCUUCGGCGGCUCGCGCAAUUCCCAGCUUGCAAUAACUGACCCCAAAGUUUGCCGCUCAUAUAUUGUCGGCACAUGUCCUCAUGACCUCUUCACAAAUACCAAACAAGACCUAGGCCCGUGUCCAAAGGUCCAUAAUGAGGGGCUAAAAGCGGAGUAUGAGGCUGCUUCGGCGCAUGAGAAGUCAAAAUGGGGCUUCGAAUAUGAUUACCUCCGAGACAUUCAGAAAUACGUCGACGACUGCAACCGGAGGAUUGAUUCGGCGCAGCGACGAUUAGAGAAGACUCCAGAUGAAAUUCGUCAGACAAAUAAUUUGCUAAAACAAAUAUCCGACCUCUCAAAAACAAUAAAUAACGGCCUCCUCGAGGUCUCAGUUCUCAGCGAAAUGGGCUCCGUCUCAACCGCUUUCAACGAGUUCCACAAAGUCCGCACCGCGAAACACCAAAAAGAAUCCUGUGAACGCGAACUCAAAGCGCUCGCCGAUACCUCAGGACCCUCGGGCCAUCAGAAACUACAAGUUUGCGACGUAUGCGGCGCGUAUCUCAGUCGUCUAGAUAACGAUCGUCGCCUGGCAGAUCACUUCUUCGGCAAAAUGCACCUGGGCUAUGCGAAAAUGCGCGAGACUUUUGCUGUCUUGCAAAAGGAGUUGAAGGGCCCACCGCCCUCUAGACAUGACGAUGGACCCUCCGUCCGCGGUGACUAUGAUAAUGAGGGCGGGUGGGGAUCUAGAGCGGGUGGAGGUCGAGGACCUUAUCGGACUGGUGGUGGAGGUGGUGGAUAUAGAGGGUACAAGGGUAGAGGAGGGGGAGGCUAUGGGGGACGGUGGUAG